CGUCCCAUUUUUAUUUUGCCUAAAUUAGUUUUCUCUGGAUGUAUUACAGCCGCGACUCAUCAAGACGUGCCCAAUCUGAGCUGCCGUCCAGAGCGGUGGAAGGAGUGUGCCAGCGCCUCACCUCGGGCUCACAUCUUCAAGGUUCUCAACCACACCAUUGGCACGCUGGGUGAUGGAACCAGUAGGCUGCCCACAGAUUCUAAGAUUGGUCCAUUGGUGAUCGAGAGUGAGAAAGCCCAGAUUGAUGUCCACUUCUUUUGGGAGCUGACAUCAACUGGUACCCAUGAACCAGUGCUAGUGCUCUAUACAGAUUACUUGAAAACUAAGGCCCGCUACCUUUUGUACCUAAAUACUUACAACUCCAUCACAAACAAUUCUGGAUUAGCCACACAGUUAAUUGAAUUUUCUCCACCUCCCAGUGUGGAAAACUGCCGAAUAACACCUCUACCUGACAAAAACGGGGCAUGGUUUCGAGGCUCCUGUGAUGAGGUCCAUGGUCAUUACAAUCCAGUCCUUCUCCAGUGGAGCUACAGCUUUCUGUCUCUUGAUACAGGCACAGUUUUAUCUCAGGGGUUUGGUACAAAAUUUGUUUUCUAUCACGGUGCAAGACCAUUCAUUGAUUUUCCACUUCCUUCAGGCUUAGAGUCCAAAGACUACAAUGUUCAUGUUUCAAUUAAGGCCAUUGAUGGGAAAGGUGUUUCAUAUAAAUAUCCUCCUGUAAUGAACCUUAUUAUUUACCCAAGAUGUAAUACAGGAGAUGGUAUAUUGUCGCUAUUCCAAGAAAUACCUACUAUACAAAAUGAGAGCCCUUCUCUUCUGCUGCAACAAGUGCGAACACUUGCAUGGGAAUUAAACGUAAUGAAGUACUGCGAUAUGACACAGACCAUCUUUGAUAACAUCUUGACUAUUUUAUUCUAUAAAACCAGCUGCAAAGAUAUCCUUCAGCCUGCAAAUGCCUCGCCAUACAAUAGUGAAUAUUCAUUUCAAGACAACAAGGACUUCUUUGUUAAGGUUAAUCUAUUGAAGUCUUGUGCCCGUGAUCAUCUGACAAAGAUUGUAGCAGAUCUUCCUGUUCGGGAUGAAAUGGAAGUUGUUCAGGUCCUGACUGCUCUUCAGAACCUUGUGGAUAAUGACGAGCUCAUCUCUAGCAAGACAUACUCCCGUGUCAUAAUUUCAAUGCACACAGUAGCAAGGAGAAUGAUGUAUACAUAUAAUCCAGAAGUGAAAGCAGAGGCUGUGGAACAAUAUUUUGUUUUGUCAUCAGCUGUGCUAGACAAGCAGUCAGAUAUUUAUGACGGAAACACAACUAGUGUCCAGAUGAGCAACACAGUUAUCAGUCUUAUUCUAGAUGUCAUGGGAAGAGAGACCAAAACCAGGUUUCGUGAAGAGCAGCCCUUGGUUUACUUUACCGAGACUCUCAAGUAUCAAGGUUUUUUGGCUGACGCGGAGAAUAUCAAUAGAUGGAACCAUUCGCUUUCGUUCAUUUUUGAGCCGAACAGUGUUCCUGAUGGAGUGCAUUUGGUCCAGUCUCUUGAGCACAAGCAAUCACCAUAUAACAUUACUAAGGACCCGAUUACUUCUGAAGUUGUCAAUAUUGACUUGCACGUGCCAAGCAGUUUUCUUCGUCAGGUUAAGGUAAAAGUAGAGCGAUCUGUACUGCGUAAUGGAAAUGGAUACAAUUUUCAGCUGCCAGGACUUCUCACUGCACAGUUCCUGAGUGUGUACGAGUUUAUGGUCAAUAAGGAGCAUGAUAGUUUUGCACUGCACAUCCUUCUGCACAUCACUAAAGUGUUGAAUCCCGAUUAUCCUGUGGCAGCUAUAUUACUAAUUUGCAAUGACAUGCAGAGUUUGAAGGAGCCAAUAUAUAAACAAGAAGUGAUGGCUGCUAAUGAACCAUCCCAAGUGUCUCUCUUCAUCCCUCCAGCCCAACUCCCUUAUGGCAAACUCUUGCUCAUCAUCAUGGAUAAAAAUAGCUAUACAAAUAAUAGGGCAAGAUACAACUCAAGUGACAUGGGUGCCAAUUUCCUCGUGAGUGGCUGGUGGUCGCAGUGUCUAGUGUGGGGUGACACCCUCUGGCAUCACCAAAAUUGUUCUGUCAUUGGUGAGGAAUCGUCUUGGGAUUAUACAACGUGCAGCUGCAAAUCACAUUUCUCAGUGUAUGGAGCCCAGUCCAUUCCUAUAUUAGGAGAUGAGAGCAAGGUGGAAGUCAAUAAACUAAUGUUACACGAGACGUACUUGGCCCUCUAUUUUAUGUUGCUACUUUUGCUCGUGUACUUCAUAUUGGCACUGGCUUUACAAACAUCAGACAGGCAUCGCCUCAGACGAAGAAACAUCUGGUUGCGUGACAAUAAACCUGACCAUGAAUAUGCGUAUUUGCUGACCAUCAAGACGGGCACACAAUGGAAUGCUGGCACUACUGCUCGGGUGUAUGCCAUUCUGCAUGGUACACAUGGGAUGAGUGAAACUAGAGAGCUGCAAUCACAGCAGACUGGUCAACUGUUUACUCGUGGGGCCUUGUGCACCUUCAUUCUGACAACUGCUGAGCAGCUAGGGGACAUCCUGAAGGUACAAGUGUGGCACGACAACAGUGGUGGUAGUGAGUCUGGUUGGUAUGUCUGUGAAACGAGCGUUGCUGACUUGGUGCACGGAGCCAGGUAUGCAUAUCCAUGUUACCGAUGGCUCUCGGUACAAGCAGAAGAUGCCAAAAUUGAGAGAGAGAUUACACUUGAGAGCCCUACAACAUUUUUACAGGAUUUUGAGCAUUUCCUACCCCAGUAUGCCAGUGAGCACAUGUUAUGGACGUCACUGCUCACUACAUCAAGCACGGCCAAACUGUAUCGCCUUCAGAGGGUCACUAUCUGCCUGAUUGUGUGCCUCUGUAUGGGAACAGUUUCUCUUAGUGUUGUACAGAAAAUAAACAGUGACCAUACAAUGAUGGUGCCAGACAUGCAUAUAGAAUCCCUCUACUAUGGUGCUUUCAUUGCCAUGCUGCUGCUACCAGUGCAGUGGUUGCUGGAAAUGGUCUUCAAAAUGAGUAAUAGACUGGAAGAGAAAGAAUACAAUGCUAAGACUGUGUUAGACACCCUAAGAGCCACGAAGGAAAUGGUUGGUACUCCAACAGCCAAUGAUAUACACGAAAAUUGCCAAGAGGAAACUGAUAAGGUGAAUGGUGAUGAUAUUUAUGACAUCAAUGCUCAAAUGUGGAGGAAUUUAACCGGUUGGGCCCAAGAUAUAGAUUUGCCCGAUUUAAAAUCGGAUGUACUCCAUCCAGCAUUACUGCAAAGAGAAGAGAACACACAGAUAACACAACGCUCGAGGAAAAAUACUGGCACCGAGGCCAGAAAUAACUCUGUUGCUGCUCCGCCUUCAGCAGCACUCCCAACAAGCUUACCUAAUUUAGUAAAUGAUGAUCAUGAAACUGCAAAUGCCAAAAAGUGUUCCCCAAUAAUUUUGAAUUUUUUCUCGGAAUUACGCAAAACAUUCAACUACAUUGUGCACUUUGUAGCCAAGAACAAGAGAGGUAAAAUGAAGAAAAGGGCUACGUUUGAGGAAGAAGGCUGGGGUCUUGAAGAGGACAAAGAAGAUGAUGAUGAUAUGGAGAGUGAUGAAUUAAGAGUGACGUCCAGCAUUACGUUCAUCUUUUCUCAGUGUUUUGGGUGGAUAGUUUGCUGCUUAUUUGCUGCUAUGUGCUGCAUGGUUCUGUUUGUGCGUGGAUCAGGGAUGCCCAUGGACUAUGGUUCGUUGUGGAUUCACAUUAUGUACAUAACGCUUUGCUCUUCAGUAUUUAUUAUGCAGCCUCUAGUUGUUGUUAUCUACACACUUUAUAAGGUUUGCAUGUAUCGGUGGCUCGGGUGCAGAGGGUGCAUCAGCUCUUGCGUGACUGUUCCACUAGAGCAGGUGGUGGCCAUAUGGAACCGCUAUCAAACAGUUCUAUUGGAACAAGUUUGUACUGCCAAAAUUAUGGACAGGGAGAAAUUAUUAGAAGAGCGACAAAGGACAAGAUAUCUUAGAUAUGCACAUCCACCAAGUGAAGACUACCUACUUAAGUGCCGGGAGAAGGAAUUACGAAAAGAAAGAGUUUCCAACUUGUUCUGUAGCACAACAGGCCAUCUGCUAUUCUUGAUACUACUAAUAAUAAUUGCAAGUAGUGUUAAUGUUAAAGAAAGCUACAGACUAAAUCGUGCUAUUUUUUCAGCACUGGAAAACGGGACUUGCCUAGAAUCUGCUUGUUAUCUAGACACGUGCAAGACUACAGGUACUGACAAAAACUCUUGUAACCAAGCAGAAGAUAUAAAUUAUAUGAGAUUCAAGGACAUUAAAAAUAAAAAUGAUUGGUGGAAAUGGGCAAAUUCUGAACUUCUUGCUCUGACUUAUAAUUCUGAUCAAACAUUCAGUAAAUACAACAAUUUCUGUGACUUGAACAGUGUUAUCAUCGGAACGCCUAGAAUUCGUAAAUAUGACAUUGGUUCCGAGGAAUGUCAAGCAAGCAAGGUUAAAAUCGGUAACAAUAGGUCCAUGGCAGACCUCUUGAGAGUGAAGACUUGUUUUCCAGAUUAUGUGGACCAGGUAGCACACCUUUAUAGCUUCGGGUCUAAUAUUGAUAGAGAAUACAAAUGGGAUGCUCACUUUCUGGCUGUCACCUAUGGACAGUUUGGUCAUUACAGCUACACUGUCUAUCAGAAAGUUCUACCAAGUUCCCGCUUGAGCAGUAUACUCACGUUUAUUGUUCUGCAGUCUACCAAUUGGAUUGAUGAAAACAAAACAAGAGCCGUGGUUACUGAUUUUACUCUCUACCAUCCUCAAACCAGAUUGUACACAACAAUUGCUUUGCUAGCAGAGUUUCCAUCUCUUUCUGGAGUUAAGCUGACAACCAACAUUUGGUCAACCCACAUUGAGAGAUACAAUGGAAGGUUCUCUGCUGCCAGCAUGAUGGCCGAGAUUCUGCUUCUGGCAGUAGCAAUGCGUUACUUGUACCAAACUACAAUCUACGUAUAUACUUGUCGGUUCAGGAUUUGGAAGUCAUUUUGGGGAAUAUUAGAUGUAUUGAUGACAGUGGCGAGCUGGAGCUACGUAGUGUGUCUCAUGCUGCGUGUUCAAAUAGCAGAAGAUGCAUUGUGGCAGCUGAGAGUGGCUUACUUCCAAAAGUUUGUCAAUCUGAAGAGUUUAGCAACAUGGGAUGAUAUCUUGGAAGCAAUGAUUGGAGUAAUGAUGAUGUUGCACAUUCUACGUUGUUUGUGCCUGAUGCAGUAUUUACCUCGUCUACGAUGUCUUCUAGUCAUGGUGGCCAGUGCAGCUAAAGAUGUGUUUAUAAUAAGUAUUGUGAUGUGUGUGUUGGUGAUAGCAUGCUCAAUGCUGGGACACAUGUGGUUCAGCCAUGUGAUGUGGGAAUGCCACACACUGUCGCAAACUGCACUAACGCUCUUUGGAAUUGCGUGGGCACAUUUUCCUUUUAUGAAGAAAAUGGAAGAUGAAUCGUCAGGCUACACAACUCUCUUGGGCUAUUUAUACUACCUGAUAACCUAUGUGUUUCUGUAUCAAGUGGGUAGAUCCCUCUACAUUGCAGCUUUCCUGAAUGUGCGGAAGUUACGUGUUAACAAUCCAGGGUUGGAUGUAAAAUGGGAGGACAUAUCAUAUUAUGUGAAACAACGCAGUCAGACUGUACUGCGGAAAGUCUUUUUGAAGAAAGACGAUGAUGAUGAGAGUCAGCCAAAGGAUAAUACCCCACCUGAUUUUUAUAUGACAGAGUUGGACCUUCAAAUAAGUCAGGUGAUGGCUGGACUGGAGGAUUUGGCUGAAACAUUAGGGUUGGUGGUAAAGCGGAUGGAUAGAUUAUUAGACGAGGAUCAGUCAACCGAUUUUGACAUGUAUAAUAGUGAUGGAGUAUCAGAGGAUACACGUGAUGAUGCAGCUUGGCAACCUGAGGUAGGAUGCAACAUAUUGAGACCAUUUCAAAGUAGUUUGGAGGAAGCACAAGAGGACGCUGAUGGUGGUAAACAAUUACCAUUCUGCAAUGUCAACACGUCGCGGAAAGAAAGGCUUGAAAAUACGAAAUUCGAUGAAAGGAGCAGGAACUCUACUCCACAUGAAACGUCAUUUAAUUUGGAUGCUUUUACAGAUAUUGCAAGUUGCCAUACAGAGAUUGAGGCAUUGGCUCGUAACUGGAAUUUGAAUUCAACAACAUUUGAACAAAGAAGAUAUGGAACUGAGGAUGAUGGUGGGAGAUUGGCUAAAUUUUUGAAAGAUGUUUCUGCUGCUUCAGAUGAAAGUGUUACUUCAUUUGGGAAGUACGGUAAAACUGUAAGCAAACUCAAAGUUAAUCCAAAGCUCCAUCCUAGCCAUGAGUCUCUGACAACAGUUCAGAAUCUGUAUUGUGCUAGUACUGCAUCAGACACUACAAGAACCCAUCAUCUGCAGUCUCUGGUUACUAGUCACCAACAACGAAAUGCAAUUCAGUCCAACCAUAUUGAUAUGCCAGCACAAAGUCUUUUGGGCGUAAGUUCAAGGCUUUGCCGUACUCAAACACAAGGACGUGGCAAAGGGCAUGUUGAUGUUUUGGAUAUUAUAAGCUUAGAAUCUGACAGUGACAGUGAAACAUAGUUAAAAUUAUAAAAUCAAAGCUGACUUAUUUUGCAGAUAAAUAUUGUUUGAAUAUAUUGAAGGGGUAUUACUUUUGUGCAUAUGGAAAUAUUGUUUGGAGAUGUGUCAUAUUCAGCCAGGCAGAGGACCUAUUGGUUAACAAAUUGUAUAUUUCGUUUAGACUGUAAUGGCAAGUAAAUUGGUAUGUAUAAUUAUGUCUAGCUAAUAAAAUAAAGCAUUUUUCUUUUCUUUUCAACAAUACUUCCAUUAUGUAUUAUCUCUUUACACAGACUGCUUGGCAAGAGGCUCUUGUGCAUUAAUAGAACUUAGUUUUUUUAUUGUUACCAUAAUAUUUUUAUGAAGAAUCACAAUGUAAUAAUUGACAUUGUUCAUUGAUUUUGUUAAAGACCAAAAUAUUUUGGUUCAACCUUACCACAGGCAUUGUUAUAUGCUGAUUUAGGAUAUAAGUAAAUUUUUUAUUCUGCAUAACAUUGCAUAUACAGUAUAUAUAUAUAUUUAAACAAUCUUGAUACUGUGAUUCUACAUCAUCCAUAGCAUAUACAAAAAAGGUCAUAUAUUCUGAUUGUAUUAUUUAAAACAAAUCAAAAUGCUGUUGAAGAAAGUCUUUCACAGAGCAAAUUACAAAUGUAAUACAGUA